AUGGAGGCAUUUGAAAUCCCCCGAAAGUCCUUCACAGCCUUCCGAUUAUCGUAUCUCAGUACUCCUGAGAUUUCUACCACCUCGAAAUCGGUGGUUCUCGGGAAGUUCCCGUAUAUCUGGUUUGAAGAUGAGGGCCAUGGGCUAUUGAGUGAAACCGUUAGAAGUGCCAAAGAUAAGGCCAGAAAGGCGUUGGACGAUAGUGGUUCAGAAGACGAGUUUGAGGUUCAACCCAUUGUUGACAUUUCUAGUGUCAAUAGAGUGGCCACAAACUAUACGUACACAGAAAUGGAAUCGGCUUUAACAGAAGCAACGGUUGUGAUGAGGCAAAGUAGGAGGUUCAAGAAAAAAAUGUCGGUGGCCACACCAGAGCCUAUAAUUGGUUUUAAAGAAGAUAUCGUUAAAGCAGAACGAGAGCAUCGGAGGUUGAGAAAGAAGUUCAAGAAGUUGGCUAGUCGUUCCACUGGUAGGGCGAAAAGGUCCACCAAGAAUUUGGGGUAUAGAAUUUACCGGUCGGUAAUCAGGUCUUAUAGGGUGGGGGAAGUGAUUUUGAAGGAAAGAGUGCUUUUAAUGGUAAAGGAAACGAAUUGUGACACAAGGGUUAAUGAGAGAUGGCGAGAGGUUUCCAUCGUGCUAAGGAAACUUGCUGGUGGUGCCGUUGCUUUGCAAAUGUACAAGAUUGAUGACAGGAAAGAGCUGGAGCCUCAACAGUGGGACGAAGAAAAACCUGAGGUUGAGUAUGAAUUGGACCUGGAAGUCACGGCAAACUUUUACAGUGUGGUAGAUAAAUCCCUUAGUAUCAACAUCCAAAAAAGUCACUGGUGUACUAUCAACAUCAUCAAAUUCCACAGCCAGACAAAAAGUGUACGUUGGUUGUACUUCAUCAAGCAGGUCCUUGGCCAUACUUUCCCCCUGGACUUCAAUAUCCAUAUUCCAGAUAUUGGCCUCACUUUGGAUAUAUCGUUACCUGAGUCAAUGAUCAUAGACACGUUACGGGAACUGAAACAUAUGAAGAUAGAAGUGCUCAGAAAGGACUAUAAAGUGACCCAUUCUCCUUUGAUUCAGCACCUCUUAAACGAAAUAUUCACUAAACUUGGUGAAAGCAAUGAUCCCAAGGUGAUUCACUGGUUGAGCACUGCCUAUCGGCCGUGGUUUUGUUUUAGAAACUAUGACCGCUUAGAGUGGCCCUCUGAUGAGAGUGAAAUGUUUUUUAUCCAGAACCAGGUGUUCAGGGACUAUUUCCAGUUAGAAUUGAGAACUAUUGUUUCUGAAAAGAGAUUUGUUGAAAUGGAAAGUAUCCGUCUUGAAGAACCAACUCCCAUUGAAGGUUUUUUGUCGAGGCUUACAAACUCUACUGGAAAUGAGCAGAGUAUCAUCCGAGCAUUCUACAAGGUUCAGUACUUCAGUACGUGUGAUAACUUACUCUUCUUUACGAAAUACUAUCGCAGCACUCCCCCUGCAGUAAAAAUGGAAGGUAUUGAAGUGUUUGAAAACUGUGAAUAUGAGUUAGAUGACCUGAACCACAUCGAUUGGCUCGACUCCACGAAGUUUCUAAUGAGGGACCGUGAUGCUCUUGUAGAGUUUCAACGAAGGGGCCAACUCAUCGUCAAAGCGGACUCGGUUAUCGACCUUACGUCAGUUGUGGACAUUCAACCUGUUGAGCUCAAGAAAAUCAAGUUGGCACAUCGAGUGCUUUUGGGAGUCCUAUGGUAUAGUAAUGCCAGUUUGGUGGAUGAUGAGUUCAUUACCGACUCUGUGUUUGAAAUCACCACCCUCAACGGAAGCAAAAUUCGCUUGCAAGCUCCUAACCGAUUGGUAAGAGAUGAGUGGAUCAGGCGGUUGACUGACAUAAGAAACUAUUGGGACAUAAAGAAACAAGACCAGACAGAAAGGUUCAUCCAGUUGAGAAAGCGGAACAUGCAAGCAUUGAAAAUCAAUGAGUAUGUAGAUUCCAAUAUCAACCAAGAGUAUAAUGUGGUGGCCUUGGAGAGAUCACAGGCCGAUCCAUAUCUUCAUGCCAUUGAUAGUCUUGCCAUUUGCAACCAUUUGAUGAUGAGUGGGUACUUAUACGAGAAGUACAAAAAACACUCCAACUUCAACCGGUUUUUUGUGGUUUUAAGCUCGGGAAAGCUAAUACUAUACUCCUUAUAUAAACGGUCUAAACUUACUGGAGAAUGGAAAACUGUUCCUUACUUUCACCAUGAACUCACUAUCGCACUACCUGACUGCUAUGUUUAUUCAGGUUUCCAAACCGAGCUGGACUUGGUUCAAAGUCACCAAACCCUUGAUUCUUCGCAUCCUGGUUAUAAAGCCUUACCAAGAAUCUAUGUGGAUGGGUGGAAGUCCCAAGAGGAAGAGUCUGUGAGAUGUUUCACUCUAUGGUUUGGCAGGAAAAGGAGUUUGCGAACUAAACAUGAUAAGAGCAUCGAGCCUAGGAACCCGAAUCUCGUUAAAAUCGUAUCGAAGUUGGGGAUUACAGGUCAAAGUAUUGUUCUAAUGGCGAGAUCUCGACAGGAACGAGAGAUGUGGGUGUCAAGAAUUGAUGCGGAGAUUGAUCGGUAUUCUAGAUUAUAUAAUUUGUAGAGAAGACUAUAGUGCAUUUAUUAUAAGACGAACUUAUGACACACAGACGAAAGUAUCUGGGCUUAAAUAUUUUACAAGUGGGGCAGGACUUAUAUAUUAACAAAUUAAAUGCUAUUCCAGGCAAAAACCAGUCCGAAGUGCACUCACCUCAAGUGGGCAGCAUCUGGAGGGCUCGAAACACCGGGAGGUGGUCCUGCUGGUGCUGGAAACUCGUGCGAGGCGGCGGCACCAGUGUAAUAUUCUGGUGGAGCUUGGUUAAAGCCCUUUUCUCCAGUUCCAGCUGGAUACUGACCCAUAGGAUAUUGUCCCUGUUGAAAUUGUCCUCGCGAGAACUGUCCCAUUGGAUAGUUCAUUCCAGGUGGGGGUUGUCCCGGCGUAUAGCCCUGUGGUGGUGCUCCAGCAUAGUAAUUGGCAUUCAUCUGGGCCGUCAAUAGCCUCCUUCUCCGUCUUCUCAUUAGAAAGUAAUAGAUACAAAUCAGUACAAACAAUGGGAUAAGCAAGAGCAAGUACAUGUAGUGCAGGGUAUUUGUACCACCAUCUCCGUAGUAAAAGAUCAUUCUCUUGUCAGCAACAACUGGCACUUUUGUUUAGCAAAUUUCUAGGUGCAAGAAACCUCAAU